UUCAUUCGAAGCAUAAAUUUUUCUGAUUCUCCACUCGACCUUUUGGUAUAUUCUCUGGUUCGAUUCUCUUCGCCGCGGCAAUAUAAUCGUCCCUCGCUUCAUAGGCCUCCAUCUGUACUCUUCUUCGCCUCCUACCCGAGCGCCGGAACCUCCCCCAGUCCUCCUCGAGAUCUCCCUCAGGGUGUUGCUUUGCCGGCAGAUGGUUCUUGGCAUAUUGGCGAGGUUCUGUCUAGGGUCGUUAUAACAUUCAGCUGCCAUGAUAAAAUAAAGUUGGAUUGAUAACUAUGGCAAAUAGCAAUUUUUUCGGCCGUGCCUUUCAGUUUUCACUUUUAUUGAAUUUGGGUUCAUGAUGAACAUCAACAUGCAGUAGGCUAGAUACCUUGUCCCAGGGCCAGUUUAUUGUUUUCAUACUCUGGCUCUCAAGAUAUCCUCUUGGGUGGACACUGUUUCAAUCUGAACCCCAGAGGGUUGCAAUUGGUGCUUCUUUUAAACUAAUUAUAAAGUGAAGAAGCAUUGUCGUGCAUACAAGCAAUGGAGUUAUUAGUUUCUCCACAAGGGCAUAAGCAGAAUAUGCAGAAUAAUGGUCGAAAAAUUUUACCAGUGGGAGCCCAGAAAGAUCUUUGGCUUAUUGUUCGAGAAGGGUCUUUAGCUGAUGUGGAUUCAGCAUUGGCAUUACUGAAGAAGAGUGGGGGAAACAUCAAUGCAAGAAACUCUUUUGGUCUUACUCCUCUUCAUAUUGCAACAUGGAGAAAUCAUAUUCCCAUUGUCAGGAGGCUUCUUGGUGCUGGCGCUGAUCCUGAUGCUAGGGAUGGAGAGUCAGGAUGGAGCAGCCUCCACAGGGCACUGCAUUUUGGCCAUCUUGCUGUGGCAAGCAUUCUUCUUCAGUCUGGUGCUUCUAUCAUGUUGGAGGAUUCUAAAUCCCGAACACCUGUUGAUCUGCUUUCUGGACCUAUCUCCCAGGUUGUUGGAAGUGGACGUGAUUCUGUGGCUACUGAGGUUUUUAGCUGGGGAAGCGGUGCAAACUAUCAGCUCGGGACUGGAAAUGCAUGCAUCCAAAAGCUGCCAUGCAAGGUUGAAUCUCUCCAUGUUUCUUUGAUCAAGUUAGUUUCUGCAGCAAAGUUCCACAGCGUUGCUGUUAGUGCUCGUGGGGAAGUUUUCACAUGGGGUUUUGGAAGAGGUGGCAGGCUUGGGCAUCCUGAUUUUGAUAUCCACAGUGGUCAAGCUGCAGUUAUCACUCCUCGCCAAGUGACUUCUGGACUAGGAUGCCGAUGUGUGAAAGCCAUUGCAGCAGCUAAACACCACACAGUUAUUGCUACUGAGGCUGGGGAAGUAUUCACCUGGGGAUCUAACAGAGAGGGACAACUUGGGUACACUUCUAUCGAUACUCAGCCUACUCCCCGCAGAGUUAGUUCUCUAAAGUCGAAAAUAGUUGCUGUCGCCGCAGCAAAUAAACACACAGCUGCUGUUUCGGAAUGUGGUGAAGUCUUCACAUGGGGCUGCAAUAGGGAAGGCCAGCUUGGCUAUGGAACUUCUAAUUCAGGAUCAAAUUACAUCCCAAGACUGGUUGAAUAUUUGAAGGGGAAACGUUUUGAGAAAGUUGCAGCUGCAAAGUAUCAUACAGUUGUUCUUGGAGCUGAUGGGGAGGUGUUUACCUGGGGUCAUCGGCUUGUUACCCCAAAGCGUGUGGUCAUUGCUAGGAAUCUUCGAAAAAGUGGGCCUAUGCCUCUGAAGUUUCAUAGCUCGGAAAAAUUGCAUGUUUCAGCUAUUGCUGCAGGGAUGACGCACAGCAUGGCUCUUUCAGAUGAUGGCACAUUAUUUUACUGGGUGUCGUCUGAUCCUGAUCUCCGAUGCCAACAGCUGUACUCGCUGUGCCAAAGAAAUAUUGUUAGCAUUUCCGCUGGAAAGUACUGGUCUGCUGCAGUUACUGCUACAGGUGAUGUUUAUAUGUGGGAUGGUAAAAAGGGCACAGAUAAGCCACCUGUGCUGACAAGAUUACAUGGUGCGAAGAGGGCAACAUCCAUAUCUGUUGGUGAAACCCAUUUACUGAUCAUCGGGUCUCUUUACCAACCUCCUUACCCCACGAAUGUGGCCAAGCAUCUACCUCAGGAUGACAAGCUGAGGAUGGGAGAUGAUGAGGAUCAGCUUGAUGAGGGGUUUCUUUUUGAUGAUGUGGAAUCUGCUGAAAACUUACCUUCUGUAGUGCACAAUGAAGAUACUACAGAGAGGACUAUACCGAGUUUAAAAAGCCUUUGUGAAAAAGUGGCAGCAGAGCAUCUAGUUGAACCACGAAAUGCUAUCCAACUGCUUGAAAUUGCCGAUUCACUUGAAGCUGAUGACCUGAGAAAGCACUGUGAGGAUAUCGUCAUUAGAAACCUGGACUAUAUAUUUGCAGUUUCAUCACAGAGCAUUGCGGGUACUUCUCCAGAAAUCUUAGCCAACCUUGAGAAGUUGUUGGACUCAAGGUCCUCAGAGCCAUGGAGUUUUCGGCGCCUUCCUACACCAACCGCUACAUUUCCUGCGGUUGUUGAUAGUGAAGAAGAGGAUUAUGAAGUUGAGCUGAUAAGGACCCGUAGCAGCGAGCUCAAGAAAUCUUUCUCAAAGAAUGGUAAUCAGUACUUUGACUCCUUUUUACAACCCAAGCAUGACCUUGAUGAGGGUAUCAGCAAACAGGUUCGGGCUUUAAGGAAAAAGUUGCAGCAAAUUGAGAUGCUGGAAGAGAAGCAAUCCAAGGGGCAUCAUCUUGAUCAACAGCAGAUAGCAAAACUUAAGACUCGGGCUGUCCUUGAGUGCUCACUCUUUGAGCUUGGUGUACCAGUGGAGAUAGUGAAUCCAAAACCUCUAUCACUUGGUUCUUCAGAUGGAAAAGGAAUUAAGAAGGCUGAAGUAUCUAAGAAACAGAGAAAAAAGAGCAAGAAGCAGGCAUUGCAAACAGAAAAUAUGUCUGGAGUUAGCCUCCUGGAUGAUGAAGCAAGGCUUACUGAAGGAUUUCAGCUUGAGGAGUCUGAAGUUAUCCAGGUUUCCAAGGAUGAGGAGGAUAGUCCUACACUUGAAGAAAAAGUGGUCAAUGAAGUGAUGAAAGAGCCUCCGGUUAUUCAAAAGAAGGAAGUCCAAGAACUACCCAAAAACAAGACAACCCCAACAUCAUCCAAGAAAAAGAGUAAAAAAGGGGGUCUUUCGAUGUUCUUAAGUGGUGCUCUUGAUGAUGUCCCUAAAGAACCACCACCACCUCCAACACCCAAAAGUGAGGGCCCUGCGUGGGGCGGAGCCAAGGUUCCAAAAGGAUCGGCCUCUCUUCGCGAAAUACAGGAUGAACAGAAAAAGUUUGAGGGAGUACAAAUACCGAGUAGCAAAACUAGGGCAGUGGAUGCUAUGGACAACAACAAAACUGAAGGUAAAAUAAGUCUCAGUUCGUUUAUUUCUUCCAACCCGAUACCUGUGGUCCAGCCUUGUUCUUCACAUGCUGCUGAUGCCGAAAAAGGCACCCCUCCUUGGGCUGCUUCGGGAACCCCACCUCAUCCUUCUCGGCCAUCUCUCAGAGAUAUACAAAUGCAGCAGGGCAAAAAACAGCAGAGCCUCUCCCACAGCCCAAAGACCCGAACAACAGGAUUUGCGGUUUCUUCAGGACAGGGCUCCCCUUCGGACUCGAGUGGGGUGAACCGCUGGUUCAAGCCAGAAACCGAAGCUCCGUCAUCUAUCCGUUCAAUCCAGAUAGAAGAGAAAGCGAUGAAGGACCUCAAGCGCUUCUACGGAAGUGUAAAGAUAGUCAGCAAGAAUCAGUUUUAAGAGAGGCCAUCGGGAGUCGAUGCGGAACAAUCACUUGCUCACCAUUUCGGUUUAGAUGUCAGGCCUAGGCAUAUAGAUGAAAAGCACUCAUGUAAAUUUUACUGUACAGAAAUUGCCCCAAUUGUACAUUGUCUUUUUAACUUAGAUUAGAAAAAAAGGUACUUUUGGUGGAACCUUCAUCCGGCAAAAUAAGGGGUCUCAGACUUUUCAUGUAUCGGCACUGAGAUCAGAAUUGUAUCAUAAGAGAUCCAGGUAGAUUGAAAAUUGAAGUUAUAAUUGCCGUAUAAA